AUGCCAAUCCGACAAGCCGCCAACAUGGUCACCACCGCCGUCGCCGACAUCCCCACCGUCGAGCUCCUCUACAAGCUCGGCAAGCUCACUGCCUCCUCGAAGCCGCUCUUCUCCCACAACGCGUCGCAUAACCAAAAGGUUGCCGUAAUCCGAGGCGACAUCACCACGCUCGGCGUCGAUGCGGUCGUCAAUGCCGCGAACAAGAGCCUUCUCGGAGGCGGCGGCGUCGACGGCGCGAUUCAUCGCGCAGCCGGCCGAGGUCUGCUCCAGGAGUGUAAGACCUUGAAAGGCUGUGCGACGGGUUCCGCCAAGAUCACGGGCGCCUACAAACUCCCGUGCGAGAAGAUCAUUCACGCCGUCGGCCCCGUCUACGACGACCUGAACCCCGAGUCCUCGGAGACAAAGCUGGCGGGCUGCUACAGCACCAGCCUGAAGCUCGCUGUACAGAAUGGCUGUCGCAGCAUCGCUUUCAGCGCGUUAAGCACCGGUGUCUACGGCUACCCGAGCAUGGAGGCAGCUCCUGUUGCUGUAGAAAUCGUUAGAGAGUUCCUCGAUGGAGAGGAUGGCGACAAGCUGGACAAGAUUGUCUUCUGCACCUUUGAGAUGAAGGAUGUCAAGGCCUACAACGAGACCCUUCCUGUCUUCUUCCCUCCCGACGACCAGCCAACCACGAAAGAGCAGGCUGAGGACGGUCCAUCAAAGAAGGAAACAGAAGAGGCAAAGGCUAUCGCGGCCGAGCUUCCUAGCGUUCCCCAGUCCGACCCUUCUCAGUAA